GGCUUACUCUUGAUUUCAAUUCCGAUCGGUCGACAUUGGAAUUGUGACGUUUCGCACUCUUGAGUUCGAUGCUAGCGCCACAUUGGUUUGAAAUUGCGUGUUUAUUAUGGGGAACUAAUUGAAAUCGGACUGGGCGCUAAACGGUACUCUUGAGUUUAUUUUGACAGCUGCUUAUUGCGCCAAUAUUACGGUGGGAUUGAAUGUUGAUUGUGAUUUUUCCAAUUACUAAAGAGUAACUUUUAAGACAUUGUUUUGUGUUUUACGUGGUUUUCUUUCGAUAAAAAGUGUUUAAUACGGCACGAUUAGCGGUAAUGUACAGUGUUUCGUUAAAUUCCCAUAAAAAACAACUGAAACAAAGACGAGAUGAGCGUCGGAUGAUGCGUUAUACGGAGAAAGCGUUUUCGAUGAAUGAAAACGAGUUUAAAGCCAAUUAUAGGGUGAGCAAGGAUUUGUUUCACGAAAUAUUCGAAAACAUAAAGCCUUUUAUGCAAUCCCCUAAGAGAAGAAGUGAUUUAUUACCAAAAUAUAAGGUUUUAGUGGCAUUGUCCUUUUAUGCUACUGGGAGUUACCAAAGGCUAGUUGGAGGCAGUUAUGGGACCCUAAUGAGUCAGCAAUCUACUUCUCGUUCUAUUCGAGAGGUAACAGCAGCUCUUAACCAUCCCUUAAUACAAAGGAAAUGGAUUAAGUUUCCUCAAACUCGUCGUGAAAGAGAUGCUGUAAAACUGAGAUUUUUUGAAAAAUUCAGUAUACCAUCUGUUAUAGGAUGCAUUGAUGGCACUCAUAUAGCCAUAAUUAGACCAUCAGAAAAUGAAGAGAGAUUUUUUAAUCGCAAACAUUUUCAUUCAAGAAAUGUUAUGAUUGUUAGUCAAUAUUUUUGGUUAUUACUGAAUUGUAAUUCAUUGCUUAUGAAAUUAGUUAAAUAUCUUUGUUUUAUAUAUUUUCAGAUAGCUGAUUCAGACUUAAGAAUACUGUCAGUAGAUGCUUCAUUUGGAGGAGCAUCACAUGAUAGUUUCGUCUGGAAUCAGCAUCCGGUGAAACAACAUUUAAUUGAAUUAAAUAAUAAUGGGGAAACUGUAUUUUUACUAGGUGAUUCCGGGUAUGCCCAGAGGGAAUACAUGAUGACACCUAUUGUAGAUGCUCAUCAAGGGUCCCCUGAGGAAUAUUACACCAAGUUACACUGCACUGCACGGAAUACCGUAGAACGUACCAUUGGUGUCCUCAAAAACAGGUGGCGGUGCUUAAUCGGGCAUAGGGUUCUACAUUAUCAUCCUGAUGUAGCAGCCAAAAUAAUUAAUGCUUGUUGUGUUUUACACAACAUGUGUAUCAAUAGGAUUUAUUUUGACCAAGAUGAGCAGCAUAUACAGCAGAAUAUGGGAAUGAUUACCCAACUGUAACUUCUCAAGACUCAACUAGCAGCACAGCUGCUGAACUAAGACAAGGCAUCGAAAAGCGAAAUGUUUUAGUUCAGCAGUUGUGGGCAAGCAGAAGGUAGCCUAAAACUUUAUAAGGUUCUCAUCGUACCUUAUAAAGGUUUUUACAUAUAAUAGUCAAACAGCAGGCAAUGCUUAAUUUUAAAUUACUAACAAAAGGUGAAACAAUACAGUAUGCAGCACAAUGUCUACCUCUAAAUUUGCAUUUGCCUAUAGAUUCUUACGUUUUAAGGGCCCUUUUUAUACAACAGAUUAAGUAGAAAGCUAAGUAGGUAGGUUUAUAAUAUAUUAUUAUAGGUGUAAAAGCAUUGUUUCAAACUAUUUUUGCAU